CUAGUGGACGACCAAGUAGUCGUGGCGAUUUGUGGCUGACGCGCCAGACGAACUGUCGAACUGCCAGUUAUAGUCCGGAAUUUUUCUACUCCACACACGACCCCCGAUUCCAAAAUAGAAACACACACACAUUUUUGUAUUCGAUUCGAUUCUUUUGUUUUGUAAAAUCGGAAGCAAAGGGCAAGAGGCGGUUACCAUCGCCACAUGGACAAGUCUUCGCCCGAUUCCGAGUAUAGUUAACCACCAACACUUCGCAUCUAUAUAUUUUUAAAUCCAAUCAAAUCCGUGCAAAUUUAAACGCGCGUGAACCGCGAGUGAAAUAUUCAAAUUCAAAUAGCUGAUUGAAGAUCGUAUCGGUGGCAAUAUCAUCUAUAAAGACGGAAUUAGAGCCCAUCUAACCCAGAAAAAAAGUGUACAAAAGCCGAAACGAAACCAGCGAACCAAGUAAAUUACCGAACCAAAAGAAAGUCCAGGACUAUAUCAGGUGGUGAUAGUAAAUGUCUGAAAGAACGAAGCAGAGAAGAUAUAGUGUUUGGAAGUCAGAACGGGAUCAGAUAGAAAAGGAUUAUCGUGGGGUAUUUUUUUCGCUUUUUGUUUUCUGUGUUCCUUGUUCAAGGUCCUGAACUGGUUUCUCGGAUAACUUCGAGGACAGCUUACCACAUUAACUGCAGUUUUGGUUCCAACUUUAGCUUCGCGUUGAGUUCGUUAAUAUACAUAUAUAUUUUUUAUCUAUAUGUGGAAAUUGCCAGUUAACUUUCAAUCGCAUAUACGAACAUACAUUUAUCCAGUUGCCUUGGCUCUUUGUCUCCCAGUUAGCCACCAUCCAACGUAUCCUACGAGUCGUGCCUCCUUUUUUUGGUGAAGCUGCCUCUGCGUGGAUUUUUACAGGCUUUGCCCGGCUGGGUGAAUCGCUCGCAUUGGCAUCAGCUUGGAGAGUGGUCAAUGUUUCACGCCUUCCAACUGAAACCAAAAUCAGUGCCAAUUUCGAUCCCAAGUGGGGGCCCUCGGAUCCUCGAACCAGCCAGAGAAGCUACAGCAUCAUAGAGAGCAGGAAACUCACAAGAAUAAGGAUAAGGAGAAGAACUGGGAGCGAGUCAAGGACAAGUAGGCAAACUACCGACUUAAAUGGCCAACCCAUCCACUACUCCCGCUCAGGAGCGACGCAUCAAUGAGCUGGACCAGGACAUAGAACGCAUCUUUGAUGUCCGAAAGCGCUUGGGCAAGGGUGCCUAUGGCAUCGUUUGGAAAGCCACAGACAGGCGCACCAAGGACACGGUGGCCCUGAAGAAGAUCUUCGAUGCAUUCCGGGAUGAAACCGAUGCCCAGCGCACCUAUCGCGAGGUGAUAUUCCUGCGCGCCUUUCGCCACCACCCCAACAUCAUCCGACUGAUGGAUGUCUUCAAGGCUGGCAACAACUUGGACUUUUAUUUGGUGUUCGAAUACAUGGAGAGCGACCUGCACAACGUGAUAAAGAAGGGCGAUGUCCUUAAGGAUAUUCACAAGCGAUUCGUCAUGUACCAGCUCAUCAAUGCCAUCAAGUACAUGCACUCGGGCAAUGUCAUCCACAGGGAUCUGAAGCCCAGUAACAUACUCAUUGAUAGCAAGUGCAGGCUCAAAGUAGCAGAUUUUGGCCUGGCUCGCACACUAUCCAACAAACGCAAUUCCGAAUUCGAUGACCGGGAGCACGAGGGCAUGUUGACGGACUAUGUGGCCACGCGGUGGUAUCGCGCUCCCGAAAUUCUGGUGGCCAGUCGGAAAUAUACGAAAGGCAUUGAUAUGUGGGGACUGGGCUGCAUCCUAGGCGAAAUGAUAAGGCAGAAACCUCUGUUUCAGGGAACCAGUACUGUCAAUCAGAUAGAGAAAAUCGUGACUGCCUUGCCGGACGUGACCCAGCGGGACAUCGAAUCGAUUGGACCCAGCUUCGGAUCUGCAUUGUUGAGCAAGAAAAUCCAUCGCGAUCGUCGCCUUUCGCUGGACGAGAUGCUGCGCAACUGCUGCGACGACGCCAUUUCGCUGGUGAAGUCCCUUUUGGUCCUGGAUCCCUACAAGAGGCUGACUGCCAAGGCGGCCAUCAUGCAUCCGUAUGUGAGUCGCUUUCGCACCGCCUCCGCGGACAUGGAGCUCCGGGUGGACAUCCACCCGCCGCUGAAGGACGAUGUGCGCUACGGUGUGGACCGCUACCGGAGUAACCUCUACGAUAUGAUUGGGCUGGAGUCGAGGGGCAGUGCGCGAACGGUCAGCAAUGCCACGCCGUCCAAUAACCGGGAGACCAUGAUGACGACGACGACGAUAACGAAACCCCAGCGAUCCGUAUCGCGAACCAGGACGAUGAGUGCCACCCAGCUGCCGAGUCAGGCGGAGAAGAAGGAGGCGAGGAGGGAGCCGCAACCCGUGGAGGCGGAGCAGCCGCUGGCCAAGCCGAUCGACCAGCCGGAGGCGAAGAUGAACCGACGGCCACGACACACCAUCUCCACUGCGGAGCUGCGAGCGCUCCGAGCGCGAUAUCUGGAAGCGGAGACUCCACCCGGUGGAUCGCCUCCUGCUCUGAUUACUCCCAAGGCGAAGUCGCGGAGCCACCAGGCAGCGCUCCAUCGGGAACUGGCCGCCGUGGCAGCCACAGCGCCGCGAAAGAAGCCCGUGUGGCAGACACAAGCUCAGGCGCAGGUCAAGUUCCAGGUGGAGGCGCAGGCGCAGGUCCAGGCGCUGCUCCAGACCCAGCUGCCCAUUCUGGCCAAGUCCAUGGCCGAGACCCCGCCACAGGAGUCGCCGCAGCAGGCCUCCAGGAGUCGAUCCGUGCGGAAAGCCAACCAGGAAAAGAAGCCCAAGGAGAAGGCCAAGGCAGCGGAGGUGACCAGGACGUCGGGCAAUCCCAACCAGCGAAGGGAUAAAUCGGGAUCGACAGCCGAGAAGAGCAAGCAGGAGCUGCUGGAGUACAGGGAGCACCGGGAGAAGCUCGUCCAGCAGCAGCAGCAGCAGCGGGAGAAACUGUUGCAGCUGCAGCGGGAGCAGAAGGAGAAGCUGCUGCAGCGGGAGCAGAAGGAGCACAAGGACCGGAGGAGGCGGAUGGCCGAGAACCACCGAUUGAUGGAGCUGGAGCGCAUCCAGCUGGAGGAGAUGGCCAACCAGAAGGCGACGGCCAAGGCCUUCAACCAGAUUGCCAGGAAGGUGAAGAAGCUCACCGAGAAGAAGGACAAGGUGGAGGCGAAGGCGAAGGCCAAGGACAAAGACAAGGACAAGGCCAAGAAGAAGGGCAAGGAGCAGGAGGAGGAGGAUCCCAACUCCGACUCGGAUCUCUUCUACACCCCAAACAGCCUCGGACAGGGGGAGAACGCGUCCGGCACGAACAUAUGCUAUCGCUCCAAGAUCAGCUACCUGGAGGCGGAGAUGGACAAGUGCAAGCGCCAGCUGGUGAACUUUGUCCAGGACAACCGGGAGCUGCUCACCCAUCGCAAGUUGCGCUACCACUUCGAGAAGCUGCAGAACGAGAAGAAGAAGGAGGAGGAGGAGCAGAACCAGAGCCAGAACAACCACGAGCAGGAUGGCAAGCCCCUGCCGGAGGGCAGUGGUGAUCCGGGAUCGCUGACCUACGACUGCUUUCGCCGGGAGCAGCGGCGGCAGAAGAGUCUGCAGCUCCAGGAGUUCCUCUCCCGCGACGACAAGCACGACUACGAGUUCCCGGAGCUCUUCGGAUCGAAGACGUAUCACGCCUUCGCGCCGGUGCCCAGUGGCUCCUCGCUCUCCUCCCCCGAGGAGGCCAGCGUGAGUCCGGAUUCCGAAUCGGAACACUCCCAGGAGCAGGACUAUUCGCAUCAGUAUGCCAAGUACUUCCCAUCGCUGGGACAGGAGGAGCCGCUCCGACUUCAGGAGCGGUUGCAGGAGCGCCUGGAGGAGCACCGGCGGCGCCACGAGGAGCUGCAGGCCCAGAUGAGAGCCUGCAAGAAGCAGCACGAAUCGCUGGGCCUCCACCACAAGGUGCACCACCAUCACCACAAUCCGGGCGCCAGUGGUCCGCGCUACGAUCACAUGCGACUGCGGCAUGAGGACAUCCAGGAGGCCAACUUCUUCUAGGCACUCCCUUGUUCCUUGUUCCAGUCUUCACCCAAUAUAUUCGAGUGUGGAUUAGCCAAUUUCUGGUUUAAGUUCGGGUUGCCUUUUCUUCUUGGGGAUUGUUACCUGUUUAUUGGUAAUUUGUAAAUGCUCUCAUAAAUAGAACUGAGUUUCGUGAUUUUAGACAAA